AUGGUAAUACUAGAAGGCACCGCAAUGUUACAAGUUGGAAAUAAUCAAUAUCUUCAGCCGGACUACCUCUCUCCGCUUCCGACAACGUUGGAUGCGAAGAAAAGUCCCCUGGCAUUGUUGGCGCAAACGUGCAGCCAGAUCGGUGCGGACCCAGGAAACAUUACGGUCAAGUCGCUUGUUUCACCGUCGGAAAAGAACAAAAAAUCAUCGUCCUCCAACGGCUCCAGCAGCUCCAGCACAAGCAGCACUUCAUCGUCCGGCAGCAACUCGUCGGCAUCGUCUCAGGUCGAUCCGACGUCCCACUCGUCCGCGUCUCGAUCGCCGUCGGUAAGGACGGACAAAUCGGACGCAUCGCCGGAGAUAAAGCUCGCCUUCAAACCGUACGAAAUGAAUGUGCUAACGACGAAAGUGAACCUUAGCAAAGCGUCCUCGGUGGAGGAUCGUCCAUCGUCCAAGAUGAGCAGUGGUAGUGACGUGUUGAACAACAAUAGUGUGAGCCAAAUCAAUAAUAAUAAUAAUCACGGUGAACAUGGUGGUCGCAAGGAUGGCCGGGCCCUUUCGCCCCGUGGCAGUGCCGAUUCGCCAAUGUCUGGCCGCGGUGGUGGCAGUGCUAGUGUGAAGAGUAACGAGAGUAGUGGUGGUGAGCAUGGUGGCAAUAAGUGCAGCACACCGGAAGCCAACCGUAGGGCCUCAUCCGCCGGUACGCCCAGUGAUCGUGAGAAAGUGAGUGGUGGCGGUUUGGGAGGUGGUUCCGGCCCCUCCAGCAGUCCAUCGGCCGGCAUGAUGCAUCCGGGAGCGUUGCCUCCGUCGGCCGCAUACAAAGCGAACCCGUACGGUAUGAGUGCGGCCGGACUGCCCAGCCCGUCGGGGAUCGACCACACGAACCCUGCCUUCCGGCCACCGUUUGCCGGUGCAUUUAGUCAUCAUCAUGCGGCCAUGCUGGCAGCCGCCGGAUACUCAGGCGCAGCGGCAGCGGCCGCCGCAGCCAGUGCCGCCGGUGCCAAUCCGUACCUCAGCUACACGCGCGUCAAGACACCGUCCGGCGGUGAAACGUUGGUGCCGAUCUGCAAGGAUCCGUACUGUACUGGAUGCCAGUUUUCGGCCCACAAUCACCAGAUGAUGAUGGGCAGCCAGUGUCCGGCGGGCUGUACCCAGUGUGACCACCAGAAGUAUAUGGCCAUGGCACUCAGCUCAAUGCCGCCAGCCGGCUAUCCCGGCUAUCCGCCACCCUCGUCGGCCGCAGCAGCCGCCGCUGCAGCUGCGGCAGCGGCCGCCGCAGUUAAUUCUAGUGGAACGCAACCCCCAGGCAGUGCCGGUGCCGCUAGCCGGCCGUACAUGUGCAACUGGGUAGUCGGUGACUCGUACUGCGGCAAACGGUUCAACACGACUGACGAGCUGCUGUCCCAUCUGCGCACACACACCGCCAACCUGUCCGAUCCGGCCGCGCUGGCACUGCAGCAACAGCUGAUGCCGCUGAGUGGCAUCUUCCCGCCUACAUCGCUGCAUCACCACCAUCGAGGCUACCCGAAUCCACCGCUCAGCCCACUGUCGGCCGCCCGGUACCAUCCGUACGUGAAGCCCGGUGCAAUCCCGACGGCCUUGCCCGGUUCACCAUACAGUGCAGCGGCUGCAGCGGCGGCGGCCGCGUUCAACCCGGCUGCUGCCUUCGGCCAGUACUACUCGCCGUACGCGGCCGCCCUCUACGGACAGCGCAUGGGUGCGGCAGUACAUCAGUAG